AUGGCGUCUCGCACCAUCUCCCUGCACGAUGCAGGUCUUUCAAGCGUCCACCACCUGGUUGCUCGUGCGUCGUCGACCUCGGUGGACUCGACCUCCAGCUCGGCCUCGAGCUUGGUGACAACGUUGAUUCUGUCGGGCAUUCCUGCAAUUGCCUUUGUCGUGGGUUUCAUCAUCCUGCGUAGGAGCUAUCGCAGACAGUAUAUGCCCCGUACCUACCUGGGCGUGCUGGACGAGCAUGAGCGCACCCCCGCCACCCCGACCGGUCUCUGGAACUGGGUCAAGGAGAUGUACAAGCUGCCAGACACCUAUGUCUUGCAGCAUCAUUCGCUCGAUGCAUACCUGUUCCUUCGCUUCGUCAAACUAGCCUCCAUCAUGUGUCUUGUUGGUUGUUUGAUCACCUGGCCCGUUCUGUUCCCCCUCAAUGCCACCGGCGGCGGCACCAAGAAGCAAUUGGAUAUCCUCAGCAUGUCCAACAUCAAGGAUCAGUUUGCCCGCUACUACGGUCACUGUUUCUGCGCCUGGGCCUAUGUUGGAUAUAUCUUCUACACCGUGACUAGAGAGUACAUCUUCUUCAUCACCUUGCGCCAGGCAUAUGCCCUCUCUCCCGCCUAUGCCAGCCGCAUGUCUUCCCGCACUGUCCUUUUCACCGCCGUCACCCCGGACUACCUCGAUCGCGACAAGAUCCGCCAGAUGUUUGGCGCCGAAAAGGUCAAGAACGUCUGGAUCGCGACGGAUACCUCCGACCUCGAGGACAAGGUCAAGCAGCGCGAUGGCGCCGCCAUGAAGCUCGAGGCCGCCGAGACCAAGUUGAUCCGUAAGGCCAACGCGGCCCGCCUCAAAGCCAUCAAGAAGGGCCAUGCCGAUCAGACCGCUCUUGACAAUGCCGCCAGCGAUGAGGCCGACGACGAGUCAGGCUCCAUCGCUGCUCGCUGGAUCCGUCCCAAAGACCGUCCCACCCACCGUCUCACCAUGCUCAUCGGAAAGAAGGUAGACACCAUCAACUGGGCCCGUUCCGAGAUCGAGCGCCUGAGCCCCGAAAUCGAAGAACUCCAGGCCAAGCACCGCGCCGGCGAUGCCGAUAUGAUCUCCUCCGUCUUUGUCGAAUUCCACCGCCAAACCGAUGCCCAGAGCGCCUACCAGUCGGUGGCUCACAAUCUGCCUCUCCACAUGUCCCCCCGCUACAUUGGUCUUAACCCUAACCAGGUCAUCUGGUCGAACCUGCGCAUCAAGUGGUGGGAGCGCCUCGUUCGCUACAGUGCCACCAUGGCCCUCGUGGUUGCCAUGAUCAUCUUCUGGGCCAUUCCAGUCGCCGUGGUGGGUUCCAUCUCCAACAUCAACUACCUGACCGACAAGGUCCACUUCCUCAGCUUCAUCAACAAGCUGCCCUCCUUCCUGCUUGGUAUCAUCACCGGUUAUCUCCCCACCAUCCUCAUGGCCGUCCUGAUGGCCCUGGUGCCCAUCUUCCUGCGUCUGAUGGCCAAGAUGGGCGGUGCCGCCAGCUUGGCUGAGGUCGAGUUGACCGUCCAGAACUGGUACUUUGCUUUCGAGGUCGUUCAGGUCUUCCUGGUGGUCACCAUUGCCUCGUCGGCUUCCAGUGUCGUCACCAAGAUCAUCCAAGAUCCCACUUCGGCCGCCAACCUGUUGGCCAACAACAUCCCUCUGGCCUCGAACUUCUACAUUUCCUACAUUGUUCUGCAGGGCUUGUCCUUUGCUGCAGGUGCUCUCCUGCAGAUCAGUGGCCUCAUUGUGGGCAUGAUCCUGAGCAAACUCUUCGAUAGCACCCCUCGUAAGAUGUACAACCGUUGGUCCAACCUGUCCGGUCUUGGUUGGGGAACUAUCGUCCCGGCCAUCUCUCUGUUGUUGGUUAUUGCCAUCACGUACUCAUGCAUCGCCCCCCUGGUUCUUGGUUUCGCCACCGUUGGUUUGUACCUAUUCUACUUUGCCUACCGCUACAACCUGCUGUACGUAUCGAAUGCCACCAUCGAUACCCAGGGCAAGAUCUACGCACGUGCCCUGCAGCACACCCUGGUGGGAUGCUACCUGCUCAUGGUCUGUCUGAUUGGACUGUUUGCCAUUGGAUCGGCCUCGAACACGAUGGCUGUCGGCCCCUUGGUGCUGAUGAUCAUCUUCCUUGUCUUCUGCAUCCUGUACCACAUGUCGCUUAACGCGGCGAUGGAGCCCCUCGUGCACUACCUGCCCAAGAACCUGGAGGCGGAGGAAGAGUCUCUCCUGGCGGAGGAGCGCCCCAAGCUGGGUGUCGAAUCGGACAACAAGGCGGCGGCCCCUAGCAGCUCCGCACACAACGGGACCGGGAACGGGAACGGUGUCGAGGACGUAAUGGACGCUGCGGAGAAGGGCCUGCCCAACACGGUGCUGCCUCCGGCGCACCAGAAGCCGAACCUGUUUGCCAAAUACCUGCGACCGGAUAAGUACACGGACUACGCCACGCUGCGGCGGUUGGUCCCCAACGCGGUCGAUGUCGCCGCGUACGCUCCUGAAGUGGAGCGCGACGCCUACUUCCAUCCCUCGAUCACCUCGCAAGUGCCGCUGCUGUGGAUCCCCCGCGAUGAGAUGGGGAUCAGCAAGCAGGAGAUCCAGCAUACCUCGCGGGUCAUCCCUAUCACGGAUGACGAUGCCUGGUUGGACGAGAAGAACAAGAUCCAUUGGGACAUGGAUAAGGGCCAACCUCCUAUUUAUGAGGAGAAGGUUUCUUAUUAG